GUAAUUUCUUUAGUGUUAAUUUGUCUCAAAAAGAAAAUUAACUAGUUAUCAUCAUUUGAGAUGUGGUGAUGAAGAUUUUAGUGAACAGAGUUGUGAAUUGACUCCACAACCUUCUGCUUCACCAUAACCAUCAUCUUCACCAUCUCUCUCCCUUUGUGUUUGUUGAGUUUGUGUUUGUGUCUUGGUGAGUGCAUGAAUUGGUGGUGUGGCUAAUUGUGCUUCAAUUUCAAUCUCACCCACCCAGAUCUGUGACUCUCAUUUUAUUGUAUUGUUCAAAGCAUUUCUGUUCCUUAAACCAAAAUUCAAAGAUUUUUGGAGAUAUGGGUCUUUGUAUCUACCCUUAUUUUUCAUCCUUUUUAUUUCCUUGGAAUUUCAAAGGUGUCAGAUUGACCUUAUCAGAUUCCAUUCUGCCCCACUUCUUCAUGCUCUUUUCAUUUGAUUCAUUCAAUUUUACUCAUUUUCUCAUCUCCACUUUCUGUGAAUGACCAUUUUUUCUCCUUUUUAAUUAUUACUAAAACAAGAACAGGGAGCUCUUUGAGUAAUUUUGCGUCCUUUCAUGUUGUAGAUUUGGUUUUUGCCAUCAAAACUUGCUGGUUGAUUAUUCAUUAAGGAGGUCCACUGCUGGGUUUGGUAGGCUUUCUUUGAACCUAUAAAAACCUGUAACUUUAAAGGUGUUUAUGUGAAGAUCCCACUUUGGUUUUUUUUCUUUAAGAGUGGAUUGAAAUUGAUUAUUAACGGGAGGAGGAGAAAACAUGAAAGUCCUUUAGUUUCCUGAGUUUUCUCUUUUUAACCAUUGUCUUUUCCACUGUUGGUUUCAGUAAUCUUUCGGCCUCAUCAUUUCUGCCAAACUUGAAUUUGACAGGCUGAAAAAAAAAUAUACCACUUUUGUAAUGAUACAUCGUCGUUACUUGUUUGUCUUUCAUUCUUUGUUUAGAUUCCUUUCCUCUGAAGCCGCUUCCACUAUGGGCAACUGAGAUGAGAUUAAUCUCUCUCUGGUUUUGGAAUGACUUUGUCAAUCUUUUCCAUUUUAGCGUCCGUAAAGAGUACAAUCAUAUACUCAACAGUUCCUUCUCUGAACAACAUGGCACUCACCUCUAAACUUGAUCAUUUUGAGGAUGAAAGUUGUGGGGGCAUGUCUGUGUUAGACUUGCCUGAGUUGGUCUUGGAAUGUAUUCUUGAAAAGUUACCUCCUUCGGGGCUUUGUAGCAUGGCUGGUGUUUGUAGUUCGUUGAGAGAGAGGUGCAUGAGUGAUCAUCUUUGGGAGAAACAUAUGAAGCAGAAAUGGGGUAGAAUUAUUGGCCCUGCUGCUUGUAGACUGUGGCAGUGCCAUAUGGCUGUGAGAAAAGAUUCUCCCAAUCUCAAACAGAGUAAACAAAAGCUUUGGAUGAAGCUUUUUUCUAUAGUUCAAUCUUUAUCGUUGUUUAGACCAAAGGUUGAAGAUAGUUACAAUCAGAAGAGCUCUAGUUCUUUGCAAGUUGAUUCAAUCAUGUCCUGGUAUCUUGCUCUUGACAGUGGUCGCUUCUGGUUCCCAGCUCAGGUCUAUAACCGUGAGAAUGGUCAUGUUGGGUUUAUGUUGUCAUGCUAUGAUGCCGAGCUUAGCUAUGAUCCGCAAACUGACUCCUUUCAAGCAAGGUAUCCACCUCAUGGAAGGAGGGUAAUCUCAAUAGAGCAUGGUGUGCCAUGGGAAAGGCUUCGAGCACCACCAAUUGAUGCCAGUCCUCACGAUCUUCACAUUUCUGAUCGCUUGAAUGAGUUACACCCAGGUGAUCACAUUGAGAUUCAGUGGAGAAGAAACAAAGAGUUUCCUUACGGCUGGUGGUAUGGUGUUGUGGAUCACUUAGAAUCGUGUGAUGCAAGUGAAAACUUCUGCUGUUGUCAUAAUAGUGACACUGUGGUGCUGGAAUUCAAUCAAUACACCCCUGGCUCACGGUGGAGAAAAACAACAAUAAAUAGGAAAGACCACAGGGAGGAGGGAAAUGAGGCAGAUGGAUUCUACGGGGGUAUCAGAAAGCUUAAAAGCGAAGAAGAAAUCUCAACGUGGAAGCGGUUUUGGCCAGUGGAAGCCUUGGAAUAGGCUUUUUCUUUCUGUCAAAAAGAACACUACACUUUGCCACCAUUUGAUCCCAAAAUCUAUUUUUCCUUGUGAUUAAGUGGAUGUUGAAUUCAAGCUUUUCAAAAGCAUCUUUAAGUAGCUGAAGACAGGCUUCUGAUUCUGUUGCAUAUAAUGUGGAGGUCAUGUUCUUCACCUUUUUCUUUAGAAUUUUCUUUAUAGGAGAUGCUUAAGAUUUAAUCCAUGCGAAUUGCCUGCCAUUGAUGCAAACUUCGAUGUACCGUAUUUUACCCCAAAAUAAAUGAAAGGUUUAGUUGGUUA